CUUUGAAACUUUCCCCCUGCGGACUGGACUAGAUGCAAUUAUUUCCUGAAAUAUUUAAUCUGGCAGUCAAAGUAAAUGUAAGUGAGUGAAGACUAAAUAGUAAAAAUUUAACUCUGAUCCUUGAAGCCAAAUGCCCACUGCCAUACCAGCAGGCGGGAGACAGAGACACAGAAGCCUGUGAUGACAAAGGCACAUCACACACUGGACAACCAGUCCCUAGCCAGAGAUGACCGGCUUUUUAUCAGACCUGGUGCAGUACCGGGGGCUCUUUCAAAUUAUCACUGUCCUGGGGAUUGGUGGAACAUUCCAAAUUGGCUUUCAAAUCUCUACAAUAACCUACAUGUCUCAGCAUGUUAAGGCUUUCAUUAAUGAAACUUGGCUGGAGCGAUAUGGCUACCCCAUCCAUGAGGAUAAACUCUUGUUUCUAUGGUCUAUCACCGUGUCUGUCUUUGGUAUAGGAGGUCUCUUGGGUUCUUCAGGAAGUAGAUACCUAACUGUGAAGUAUGGCAAAAAGAAAUGUCUCCUGUGCAACAAUCUGCUCAUGAUAGUGGCAGCAUCCAUCAUGGGCUGCAGUAAAACAGCUCAGUCCUUUGAGAUGAUUCUAAUUGGGCGCUUCAUGUGUGGAAUAAGUGCAGGUCUUUGUGUUCCUCUACAUCAUCAAUACGUUGGAGAAAUUUCCCCUAGGAAGCUACGUGGAUUUGCAAACUCUACUUCCUCUUUCUUUUGGUCACUGGGAAAAGCCAUAGGGCAAAUUUCAGGACAAAGAGAGCUGCUGGGCAGCAAGUCCCUGUGGCCCAUGCUGAUGGCCUCCUGUGGACUUCCAGCACUGGUCCAGCUGGUUACUCUGCCCUUCUUCCCUGAGUCCCCACCAUAUCUCCUCAUGCAUAAAGGAGACCAGGAAGGCUGCAAAAAAGCCAUAAGGCAGCUUUGGGGUGAAGGCCAUCACCAAGCAGAGAUUGAUGACAUCAUGAAAGAGAAGGCAACAAUGAAAAACAUCAAGAUCUUGAGUGUCCUGGAGCUAAUGAAAGAACAAGCUUUCCGUUGGCAGCUGUACACGAUAGUUAUUCUGACCACCACAGUUCAGCUAUGUGGCAUCAAUGCAAUCUAUUUUUAUACUUUUGAAGUCCUCCAGGCAGCUGGCCUUGAUGAAAGAAUGAUCUCCUAUAUGACCCUCUGUGUUGGCCUCUCUGAACUUGUAGCUACUGUCAUCUGUAGCUCCAUCAUUGAGCGACUGGGCAGAAAAGUGCUCCUAAGAGGAGGGUAUUGGAUCAUGGGUUCACUGCUAGCUGGUAUCACUGUGACUCUCUCCCUACAGGACUGGUAUUUCUGGAUGCCAUACUGCAGCCUCUGUCUGAUUAUCUUGUUUGUAGUUGUCUUUGGAGUUGGGCCAGCUGGUGCCACAGUUUCCAUUAGGAUUGAAAUUUUCAAGGUCUCAUGCAGACCAUCCGCCUUUGUGAUCAGUGCAGUUCUCAACUGGCUGGGAGUCUUUGUGAUAGGAACAACCUUCCCAUUCAUCGUGGAAAGACUCAAGCACUUCUGCUUCCUCAUCUUUAUGGGGGUACUUUUCACUUCAGGGACACUUAUCCACCUGUUCCUUCCAGAAACAAAAGGGAAAUCAAUUGUGGAAAUCACAGAAGAAUUCAAUAAGCUAAACUUUAAAAAGAAGCAUGUUCCAGCAACUCCAAAUUAUGUCACAGAGGAUUACACCUUCUGCACCAGGCUUUGACCCACCAUUAGAGGGAGUCAGGCUUCUUAAAAGGAAGGAAAAAAAAGACAUUUGUCAUUUUCUGACUAGCAAGUCAGUCCAGAUGGACUGUCAGCUUUCAUAUCUGUCACUUACAAGGUUCCCGUUUUGCCAAACCAGCACCUUUCUCAAACACUCCACUCUGGGCAGCUUACAGAGGAGACGAUGGCUGGUAUUAACAGGAUAGAUUUGUAUGAAUCAUGAGCAUUUUGGCUUCAUUUGCUGAUGUGUAAACCUCCUCUAUAACAGAGCAAUUAAUACACACUGAAACUACAUGUAGAAUUUAUAAACACUCUGGUGACCACAGAGGAAGGGAAGACCUGCAAUCCCCUCUCUCUCUAGGAUUUCUGAGUGUGUUUUUAUAACCCUGAAAUGGGAAUAGUGAAGUCCUUGACUUGCUGUCUCUGGCUAGGGUUCAAUCCAUAACAGAUUAAAGAAAAGUUGAGUGGAAUAGGAGAGAAAUUCUUUGUUUCUCUAGACUCAACCAAAUAAUCAAGCCUUGCCAGGUUCCCAUGCAUAACAUCGUGUCAUUCUGUUGUAUCUAGCUUGACAGACUUCAACCCUUUUGGACUGAAGUUUUCCAGGGCAGCAGCCCUCCUUGCUUUGACUUAAAUUUAAGUUUUUGCUAAAAAAUGCAUCCACUUGAUUCCAAGCUCAGAAUUGUUCAUGGUAAAGUAUGGGGAGAACGUUCAUAUACAACUGUUCUCAAGGGAUAGUGCCUUUCAGUGGCAAUACAGCUAAAGGACUUACGGGUGGAAUCCAGUGGUAUAAAACACAAGCACCUAGAGUCAUUUUAGAUACUCUGUGCUAUCUUUCCCAUCACCGUCAUCAUCGUGACUCUGUAGCUCUUCUUCUAGCAUGACAGUUCCCUCAGAUAUCUCACAGGCUAUGAAUCCCGUGACAGUUUAGCUGCUACUUUGUGCGAUUUUGGCUACCUGGAUCCAGUUUACCCCAGAAGAACCGCCCCAGACCCCAGUCUGGAAUCCUGGCUGUAAUGGAAUACCUCUUGCUUUACAGUUUCUCCUAAAAAAUCUCCAUAUAGUACAUUGCUGUACGUGCAGCAUACUGUCAGCAAAUGCUCGGUCAUGUCCUUCAGCUCUUGAUACAGGCAGGGCUCCUGCCUGGGGUGUAUUUCUCCAUCAUGACUAAGAAGUGAUCACAUAUCCUCAUGUUUCAGGGAUGUGCAAUCAGUACAGACUCCUCAGUUAUUGUUCCCUGCAAUUGUAGGUACUGAUUGACAGCUAUAGAGAUGACUAAAUAUUUUAUCAGACCCAUUUACAGUGAAAGUAGGAAAUAGAAGUUCCUUAUGUUAGAAUUACAAGGUGUUCAUUUAAGCAUUUCCUAUAACAAUUCAUGGUUUCAUUUACCAUAGGAAUUUUGCCAUUUUUACAAGCAUGUAAUGUGCACUAAGAUAAGGAAACAAAGCGAAAGAAUAUGUUAAAAUAUAUAAUGUGCAAGUUUUCUAACUUCCAGAUUUAGUGUGAUAUUCCAUUCCAAAUGAUCUCUGUUGUAGGAAUGGGUGCAAUAUAAUUUUCUACACUGAUCUAUAAUCAACAUCCAUGCUUGAGUUCACAUACUGCAGGCUUUCAAACUGUGAAUGACCUUCAUGGCAAUCUGACACUGAAUUCCUAAUUCUUCUUCCUGCUCUACAUAGCUAAACAUGAAAAGAGUUUGUGAGCCUUACAGGGUAGCGUGAUCUUGUAAAGUACCACAGCAAUUAAUUUCACCAGAAACUUUUUUUAAAAUGUGCUAGCUCAUGGGACUUUUCUUUUCUUUAGAAAGUGUCUCAUUUUCUGCACUUUUCCCUCUAUUAAUGAGAGGCUCACACAGUCCUAGUAGCAAAGCAAUACUAUUAGCAAGAACAUGAAAAAAAGCUAAGGUUUGCAGUGGAGCACACUAUACAAAUUAAAAUCUAUACUCUAGACUUGCACAGUAAAAUAAGUGUUUUUAACUCUGGUAUUGCUUUGACUGGCAUAUUUACUUCAACUCAAAUAAGGCUAUUCAAAAUAUUGAUUCAAUUUUUCGUCUUAAUUGCUGCGUAUUUUUAUUCGGAAAUGUGAACCAUAAUAAAAAUGGCAGAUUGCCUUGUAAUAAUACUUCUGGCCUCCACAAAUGUUUCUUUCCCAACAUCAGCAUCUCCCUGAGGGACAGCUGACUAGAAAACAAGUUAUUCGUGCACACGCCCUUCCAUGACUGGGGUUUUCCACUGUUCCUGUCUUUAGCAUUGAGAUUCCUCACUACUAAAGACUUCGCGCUAGAAGAUAAUCUA